AUUUUAGGUUAAAAGGCAAUUCUGACAAUGUCUACUGCCGAAACAAUUGUGAUAGAUUCGGAUGAGGAACCUCGACCAAAGAAACUGAAGCAAGAUCGUUCACCACUUGUUGUGUUAAAUGGAGAGAAUGGUUUGAAAAGAAAACAGUUAACACUAAAAGACAUGGUUUCACCAAAACCUAAACAGUCCACACUAUCUAACUUCAAAGUGCUCUCCCAAUCCUCAAAAUCAGCCUCUACUGUCAACAAACUGUCGCCCAAAGAUAAAGCAAACAAGCAGCCUAUUAACAAGUCUCCAAAAGAAAGUUCUGUAGUCUCCCCUGUCCCUACUAGUGGGGUCUCAACAACUCCUGUCCGGGGCAUGAAACGGAAGUCUAACUUCUCGGGAGAAGAAGAAGAGAAUCAGGCGACUCCAGGAAAACAAGCAAAAAUUCCUGAAGAGGAGAAAGCUCGUGUUGAUGAAAGUCCGAAACCACGAAAUGUUGCAAAGAGUGUGGUUCCAAAACCUACGUUGGCAUCUAUGUUGAUUCGAUCACCCAAACAGCAGAACUCAAAGAAAAAAGAUGUUAAGUUGGAUAAUGAGAAAGAGAAAGAUAGUGAGAAAGUAGAAUUGAAAGCUAGCCCUGAAGCAGAACAAACUUUAACUUUCAAACCUGUAAAGAAGAAAUUUGGAGAUUAUAAGAGAAAAGAGGCCAAAAACUCCAAGUCAGACAAACAGAUUGGGCAAGUUACUGCGCAAUCUGAUAGUAAGGACGUCUCACCCACAGUUUCUGAUCAACCAUCUAAAAAAGUAGAAAAGAUCAGAUCAAAAACAGCUAAACCUGUUGCCAAAGUUGUACCGGAGAAAGUAGCGAGUCCUUCAGGAAAGGCUACAAGCGAAGUUGAGACAAAAGAAAACGUUGAACCGAGCGAAGUUGUUGAAAUUAAGACUUCUGAAGUUCAGGUAGACGGAGUAGAGCCCGGACCUUCAGGAAUCACUAAACCAGCUGUUAAAAAGCAACGACCGUUGUCCGAUAAGCAGAAGAAGCUUCAAGAGGAACGUGAAAAGAAAAAACAGGAACUUGACAAUGAAAAAGAGCGGAAGAGAUUGGAAAGAGAAAAAGAAAAGGAGGUUCGAGAAGAAGCAAAACGUGCCGAACAAGCAAAAAAAGAUGCCGAAAAACAGACUAGGGAAAAGGCGAGAGAAGAGGCUAGACUAAAGAAAGAAGAGGAAAAGAAGCAGAAAGAAGAAGAGAGGAAACAAAAAGAAGAGGAGAAAGAGGUGGAGAGGAAGAAAAAGGAACAGGAGAAGGAGGAGGAGAAGCGAUUGAAAGAAGAUGAGCUGGAGAAGAAACGACAGAAGAAGCUGAAAGAGGAGGAGAAAUUUAAGAGUUUUUUUGUUGUCAAGAAACCUACCACUGCUUCGACAGCUCCCAAGGUUGAAACAUUGGAGAAGAAGUUCCGAGAUUUCGUGAUAACUCCGAACAUGCUGCUAGCUCCGAUAAAUAGAACAGAGCCCGUCACCGGAGACAUAUUACCUCCUGGGCCUCUACAAUGGGACACUAACCUAGCUCAUGUACGGAGCGUGGUAAAAGAGAUGAGGUCGAAACAAAAGUAUGAAACUGAUCAACUGAGCUGCGAACUGGAAAUAUUAUCUGUCUCCAACCCCAAAGAGAUAAAAGUGAAGCGCAAGACGUUACAUUUCCACGAGAAUCACAGACCGGCUUACUUUGGCAGCUGGCGUAAGAAGAGUACUACCAUCAGGCCACGACGCCCAUUCGGACAGGACAAAUCACUACUGGAGUACGACUACGAUAGUGAUGAAGAUUGGGAAGAGGAAGAAGAGGGAGAAGACAUAUCAUCUGAGAAGGAAGAUGAGAAGGAGGAGGAAAAAGAGAAAGAUAAAGAAAAGGAUGAAGAUGACGAAGAAGACGAUGGUUUCUUUGUUCCCCACGGAUAUCUGUCUGACGAUGAGGGGGAUGAGGAUUGUGGAAUGACAGACGAAGCGAAGAACAAAAGGCUAGAACAGAGAAAACAACAGUUUGAUGAAGAGCAGAAGAGCAAAGAGAGUGGACUACUGAAAGCUCAGAUAGUAGGUCCAGCCUGGAUAACCGACCCAGUUCCCUCUGACCAGGCCCGCUAUCUCUCACAGUUCGCUGCCGUCUGGUCUAAUGACAUGACUGAUAAUGAACCUAUUGAUCCCUUCGCUCGUGUUCAACCAGUCGCUCAAAUGAAGACUGAUUCUGCUGUUAAAAAUGAUAAGAAGGAACUCCCUAUAGCAGGAUACGGUUUGCUGAUAAGAUUCCUGCACGGCAGUCCCAUCGGAAUGUCUCGUGCUGUGGAAAAAUUUCAAGAAAUGUGGCAUUCCGACGAAACGAGGGGGAAAGUUAGCAAGCGCCAACUUUCACAACUUAUCCCUACCCUGGUGAAGAAAUGUAUGAGACCUGGCAAUGGGAUGAAGUUAUGCUGGUACGCGACUGAUGAGGUGCUGACUAAGUAUGAACUAAAUGAUAUGGUUGGUUUGCAUUGUGAGGCACCGGAACCUCCCAAACCUCAACCUCCUCCUGCUUUAUCUCUUCUAAAGUUCACUAAAUCCUCUUCUUCAGAACAAGAUCUUGCUCAACUGAGACAGCAGCAGUCGCUACUGGAAGCGCUUCAACAAGCAGUGAAGCAACAAAAAGACGCAAUUAUCCUCCAGCAGCAGCAGCAGCAGCAGCAGCAACAACAAGUGAAGACGGAAAUCCCUCGAAAUACUCUGAAGAGUUUCAUGUCCAGCGCCCCCUCAGCUGCUACUGUGUCUAGUAACUCCAGUGUAGCGAGUAGUACAGUUAUCCCAGCGAGACAGAAUCAAGCUACUCUACCUCAACAAAAAGUUGCCCCUGCCCCUAGAAGAAUAGCAUUAGUCCCAAUAAAAAACGUGUCGACUACAGUCACUACACCCAUCAACAUUGAUGACAGCAACUAAGCAUUGUCAGCGAAGGAACUUAUAUAACAGAUUUUAUGGUUAUUAGAAUUGUGAUACAUUAAUCGAACUUCUUAAAAUUUACGAUCUUUGUUUUGUACAUAAUAGGAAAAUUAGAAAUGAGCAGUUUUAAUUUUCAAUUUUAUAAUUUCAUUUACUUGGUUAUUGGGAUCGCUGCUUCUCAAUUACAUAAUUGUUUGGCAUGAAAGUUCCGCCAAAAUGUUAGCAUGGAAGUUAAUUUAUGUAAUCCUACAUUAUCAAUGACUUAUAAAUUUGAUCUAACAUUGGUUCAAAUAUA